GUGAUAACAAAAUUGAUGUGGCACCCAACUACCUUUCUUUCUUUCUUUCUUUCUUUCCAUCCUGCUGGAAAUCACCACAACUCCAUCAACUACCCUUUGGUGGAAAUAUUCAUAUAUCCAUUCACCAAUAUCAGGAAUAUUAACUACACAAAACAGAUGUAAUAUAGUAAUAGUGGCCUCUCUACUCAACUCACCCUCUCAUAUCAUACCACGAUUUAAAAUCAUAACAAAAUACUAAACUACAAAAACAGAAACUUCCACCAAUUCAAUUAUUUCAACAGUAGAAAUCAUCAACCUUUUCCCCUCUACAGUCUACACUCUACACUACACAUACACCCAAAACCAAACCAAAUAAAUCCCCUCCCCACCCUCCAUUCCACAACACACUUCGCACUCCCAACUGAAAAUCCAAUUGACUAACACACACAACAACAACAACAACGACAACAGCCAUUAAUUAUGUCACCCACAAAGCUUGCACCUUUGCAGGGCACAAUGCUUCUGCUGCUCUUGAUCCUUCUAACCACCACCAUUACCAUUACCGCUUCCACUCCAUCAUCACCUUCCAACAAGCUCAACCACCCUCAUUUCCAGGAGCUCAACGUCAAACAAACAAUAGCAGAUACCAAACUGAACCCAACCCUAAUCCCAAAAACACCCCAAAAACACAACACCACCAAACAUGAAGGAUCAGCAAAAUGGAAGCUCAACCUACUUCACAGAGACAAAGUCACCACCUUUAACGCCACCCAAGAUCACCGCACCCGUUUCAAUGCACGAAUGCAAAGAGACGCCAAAAGGGUCUCCGCCCUCCUCCGCCGUCUCUCCGCCGCAGCCGGAAAAACCAGCAACUACGAAGCAGAGGAGUUCGGGUCGGACGUAGUUUCGGGUAUGGAGCAAGGCAGCGGCGAAUACUUCGUCAGAAUCGGAGUUGGAAGCCCACCGAGGAACCAAUACGUUGUCAUCGAUUCCGGCAGCGACAUCGUCUGGGUCCAAUGCCAACCCUGCAAUCAAUGUUACCGUCAAUCCGACCCGGUUUUCAACCCGUCAGAGUCUUCUUCUUAUUCCGGCGUUUCUUGUGGCUCCAACGUAUGCAGCCGCCUGGAGAAUGCCGGCUGCCACGAGGGGCGGUGCCGGUACGAGGUUUCCUACGGCGACGGGUCCUACACGAAAGGGACACUUGCCCUUGAGACUCUCACGUUCGGGCGAACCGUGAUCCGAAACGUGGCGAUCGGGUGCGGGCACAGCAACCAAGGAAUGUUUGUUGGGGCUGCUGGGCUUUUGGGCCUUGGUGGUGGGCCCAUGUCUUUUGUGGGCCAGCUUGGUGGCCAGACUGGCGGUGCAUUUAGUUAUUGUUUAGUGAGUCGGGGCAUCGGGUCGUCCGGGUCACUUGAAUUCGGUCUUGAAUCCAUGCCCGUGGGUGCUUCAUGGGUCUCCCUGAUCCAUAACCUGCGGGCCCCGAGUUUCUACUAUAUUGGGCUCUCGGGUCUUGGGGUUGGGGGCAUUAAGGUAUCCAUACCCGAAGAUAUUUUCAGGUUAACGGAAACAGGGGAUGGAGGAGUGGUGAUGGACACCGGCACGGCCGUGACUAGGCUGCCGACAGUGGCGUAUAAUGCAUUCCGGGAUGCUUUUAUCGGGCAAACCACAAACUUGCCUCGGGCAUCCGGAGUAUCCAUUUUUGACACGUGCUAUGAUUUAUACGGGUUUAUGUCGGUUCGGGUCCCGACCGUAUCGUUUUACUUCUCGGGUGGGCCAAUUUUGACCCUGCCAGCUAGGAAUUUCUUAAUUCCUGUUGAUGAUGUUGGAACAUUCUGCUUUGCAUUUGCUCCUUCUCCUUCGGGGCUUUCCAUUAUAGGUAACAUCCAACAAGAAGGGAUUGAAAUUUCAGUUGAUGGAGCUAAUGGGUAUGUGGGAUUUGGACCCAAUGUUUGUUGAAUAAGCAUGUACAUGUACACCAACCAUCUGAAUUUUUGUUAGUCUUAGUAAGUAAUGUUACAUAUUCACUAUUGUACUAAUAUCAUAUAUAUUAUAUUAUACUUAGCUAUAUUGUAUUAUUGUAAUCAUAUAAGCUCCACUUUUUAUUAGGUGCUAAAAGCAAUUUUUAUUUAGUGUGCAAUAGUGUGUAGGAAGGAACAUAUCUAAUAUGUUAUAAUGAGUGGUCAAACAUAAACAUUGCCAAGGGGCUAACAAUGAACAUAGUCAAAAGGUCAAUUGCACCAUUGGGUUUAUGUUGUGCAUAGUCAUAAGGAGGAUCCAAGACAUAGGAAGAGUUAUAAAUGAUUCAGUCUCUCUCUCAA